UACAAAUAACCAGUAAAUACUGCCAUUUCAAUGUUAACUGUUCAUUUGGUUAUAGAUCGAAAAUCAUCUUUUCGUUUACAACAACUUCUACCACCUCGUCAUAACACAUUUUAAACGCUCCAUUUAGAUAUAAACAUACAAAAUCAUUUAUCUUUAAAUAGCAUCGAAUGAUAUAUAUACAUUGUAUUUGCAAUGUGGAUACAUAUAUAGCAACAUCUACGUAAACUACACAAAGGGUUAUUAUAGAGGUGAAAUAAUCGUUUAUAGACUUGACGUAUAGAAGGAUAAUGGUAAAAUUCAACAACUAUUGGACAGAACACACGAUUACUAUAUGUUUAAUCAAAUAAAAUUAAAUGUUAUAACAAACUACAGUAGUUGGUAUUUUAAUCAAUUUUAAAGAUGACUUUAGGACAAUAUUACAGACUAAUCCUGUGUCUAAUGGGAUGCAAUGCCUGUGGGGAGCAAGUUUCAUUAAACCUGGUAACAAAUUAUAUUACGAUUUGACAAGAUGUUGUACUAACUUGCACCGUCCAUGGAAUACAAACAAUUGAUAGAAAAACAACCAGACAGUGGUCCAUGGGAGACGAUGACGAACUUAUAUGUUAUAAUGGUCGUAUAAAUAAUCUUAGAAAGUAUGGCGAGAAGGUACUUUUUGGAAAUGCAUUUUAUCUUACAAUAUUCAAUAUUACAGAAGAGGACCUCAACAUAGUUUAUCAAUGUCGCUAUGGAUUCGAUGCAGCAAGUAAAUUAAUUGAGGCAGAUAAACCCACAUCAAUUUUAUCAUUAAUAUUGGAAAAUGAUCGCAUUACAUUCGGAGGAGAUAUCAUAUUGACAUGCAUCGUGAAUGGCAUUAGAGCACUAGACAGCGACGUAACUAGGCAAUGGUCAAGUGGAAAUGAAGAUCAACUUUUAAGUUACAAUGGCAGAAUAAAUAAUCACAAAAAGUAUAAAGAAACUAUUCUUCAAGGGAAUGCAUUCAGUCUAAAAAUAUUAAAUGUAACAGUCUUAGAUGUAAAUUUAACUUACCGAUGUCGAUAUGGUUUCGAUACAGCCACAUACAUCAUCAAAAUAAGCGAAAGUGCAAGUCUGCAAAAAGGAAACCCAUGUUAUCAUUCUUCAAAUAUACCAUGUCGUAUUGCAGAAACACAAAAAUACAAAGGAAAUUUAACACGUAAUGAUACAAUUUCCUUUACAGAAAAACAGGGAACAGAUACCAAUGUGCCCUUGCCAGCAACACUGAUUCCGUCAGCUAUAAUUGCUAUAAUAGCAGUUGCUGUAAUUUAUAUUGUUAUUGCGAAACGAAAACAUCAACGAAAAGAAACAAAGAACAAGAACAGAACAAAUGACAAAAACAUACAAGAAGAUGAACCAUGUUUGCCAUAGACGAAAG